CAACACUUGUCACCUAAAAUGAUUGAAUUUGCAAUAAUCUUUCAUCUAGAAAGCGGAGAUGGUUCCGGUGCGGAAUGGUAAUAGCACUCCGGACUGAUGAUGGCUUAACAAUGGAUAGGAACUACUUCCUCGUCCCACGGGUAUUAUAAAAAGGCGAUCUCCCACCUCGGACACUGAGGAAAUAUCCGACACGAAUCUAAUUCAAUGCCAAUUCGAAACAAACAUUUCCAACAUGACGAUUUCCGAUCUUCGCAUUGCCACAGUGCAGUUUGAAAAUAUAUCGGCAGACAAGACGGCCAAUCUCGCUACCAUUCGACGAUUUGCUACGCGGGCUGCCGCAGAGGACUGUCACGUCGUUGCAUUUCACGAAUGCUGUAUCCCAGGAUACACGUUCGCAUCACGCCUCAGCCGAGAGGAACUAGUAGCUGUUGCCGAAGCAGUCCCGUCUGGGCCAAGCGUCCAGGAGCUCAUCCGAAUCGCGAAAGACGCCAACAUCAUCGUCCUGGCAGGCUUAUAUGAAUACGACUCAUCUGAAGACCACAUCUACAACACAUAUGUCUGUGUGGAUGGAAACGGCAUGCUUGCGCGCUUCCGAAAGCUGCAUCCAUUCAUCAGCCAAUAUCUAUCUCCAGGUCAAGAGCUCGUAGUGUUCGACUUGUUGGGAUGGAAAGCAGGCAUUCUCAUCUGCUACGACAACAACGUUGUAGAAAACGUGCGAGCCACCGCGCUCAAAGGAGCCGAAAUUCUUUUCACGCCGCAUGUUACCAUGUGUACGCCGUCUUCUCGUCCCGGAGCCGGUUUCGUGGAUCCAGCGCUUUGGCAGAACAGGCACCAAGAUCCGACGACGCUGCGCAUGGAAUUUGACGGGCUCAAGGGACGAUCGUGGCUGAUGAAGUGGUUACCUGCCCGAGCCUAUGACAAUGCAAUCUACGUGGUCUUCAGUAACCCCAUUGGCAUGGAUGAUGACCAGCUCAAGAACGGGUGUUCCAUGAUUAUCGACCCAUUCGGUGAUGUGGUCGACGAGUGUAGAAAGCUUGGGGAGGACAUGGCUAUUGCUGUAUGCACACGAGACAAGCUUAUCAAGGCUGGCGGCCACAGGUAUAAAAUGGCGAGACGGCCAGAAUUAUAUGGCGAAAUCAUUGGAGCAGCGCAUGAAUCACAUUUACAGGUUGCUUGGAGGAAGUGA